AUGGAAGCUGUGGCUCUGGAGGCCUGGCUGGUGUCUCUGGCUCUUGCUGUGUCUGUGGCUCGGGCUAUGGCUCUGGAUUUGGCUACCACUAUUGAGGUUGCAAUGGAAGACGCUCCUCCUGUACACCUGGACAUCAGGACUCACCAAACAACCUCAACAACCAACACCAUGUGUGGCUACUACAGAAACUACUAUGGCGGCCUCGGCUGUGGAAGCUAUGGCUAUGGAGGCCUGGGCUGUGGCUAUGGCUGUGGCUAUGGUUCUGGCUUCCGCAGGCUGGGCUGUGGCUAUGGCUCCUGCUACGGCUCUGGCUUCCGCAGGCUGGGCUGUGGCUAUGGCUGUGGCUACGGCUAUGGCUCCCGCUCUCUUUGUGGCUGUGGCUAUGGAUGCGGCUAUGGCUCUGGCUUUGGCUACUACUACUGA